AUGUAUUACAUGUACCACGAAGACCUGCCCGCCGUCUCCAUCAAUGAAGCCUCCUACAUCCAAGAAGAGGCAACAAACAUGGCCCAACACGUGCUUUGCGUGGCCGACCGCUACGGAAUGGACAGGCUGAAGCUCAUGUGCAAGAGCAAGCUGAGCAAGACGAUGGAUGUCGGCACCGUGUGUUCCACUCUCGACUUCGCCGAUCGACACAACUGCGAGCAACUUAUGAAUUUCUGUCUCGAGCUAGUUUUAUACCUUUACCGGAAAUGGCUCGCAAGAAGUCGAUCCCCAAGAAAGGUGACCCUCAAGUACAUCGCCAAUGAGUCCAGCCGGCGCACUAGGUUUAGGAAGCGUCUCGGGGGGCUGAUGAAGAAGGCGGCCCAGCUGGCCACCCUGUGCGACGUCAAGACCUGCGUGGUGGUGUACGGCGAGCACGAGGCGGAGCCUAAGGUAUUCCCUUCCCACGCCGAGGCGGUGGAUGUCCUCAACGAAUUUAAAAGCAUGCCAGAGCUAGGCCAUUGCAAGAAGACGAUGGACCAGGAGGCCUUCCUCACCCAGCGCACCGCCAAGCUCCGGGACCAGGUCGACAAGGCUCGCCGCGAGUGCCAAGACAGCGAGAUUAGGUACCUCCUUUACAACAUCAUGCACGGCAACCACCCAGGCCUCGUUGGCCUCAGCGUCGAGGAGCUCGUCUGCGUUGGCUGGAAGGUGGACGAGCUCCUCAAGAGCCUCGGCGAACGCAUGGAGAAAAACCAUGUCCAGGCGCCACCGCCAGCUCCAUGCGUCAGCACCGGCAGCAUAGACAUGGGGUCCCUGACACAGUAUCUCGCGUCACCGCAGCAGCAGGAAGGCUGGCUUGACAUUAUGAGCUCCGGAGGGGACGUCGACACCCAGGUCGGUUGCAACACCAGGCACGAUGGCGCCAACUUCUCCAGCGGUGAUCUAAUGAGGCAGAUGCAGUCCUCCGAUCUAGGGUUCAGGUCGAGUCCUUUCCCUCCCAUACCCUCCUCCAUUCUUCAGACACACAGGGGUUACUCUAUGUCAUGCCACUCACCGGACCUUCUUUAG